GUUUGACGUUUACCUGCUGAUUCAUUCGCAAAAGUUCGAAAACCGUAAACAAAAGAUUGGAGAUUCCAUCUAAAUUUUCUCUAAUUUAAAUUGUUCGCAUAAAAAAGUGAUAAAAGUAUCGUUACUCAGCAUUUUAUAGCUUUGGUAUAAAAAUUUACCAAUAAACGAACACGUUCCUCAGGAUGCAGGAGAAUCGUCCGGAACUGUUCGAGGAAGUCAAGCUGUACCGCCAUGCUCGGGAACGGGAAAAGUACGACAAUAUGGCCGAUCUGUUCGCUCUGGUAUCGACGCUACAGAAUCUCGAAAAGGCUUACAUCCGGGACUGUGUGACCCCGCAGGAAUACACGGCAGCCUGCUCGAAGCUGCUGGUCCAGUACAAAGUGGCCUUCAAGCUGGUACAGGGUGACGAGUACCCUACGAUUGAGGCGUUUGUUAAAAAAUUCCGACUGGAUUGUCCGGCCGCGCUGGAACGAAUCCGGGAGGACCGCCCCAUUACGAUUCGAGACGACAAAGGGAAUACUAGCAAGUGCAUUGCCGAUAUUGUUUCCAUGUUCAUCACACUGAUGGACAAACUAAGGCUGGAAAUCAGAGCCAUGGAUGACCUACAACCGGAGUUGCGUGAUUUGCUAGACACGAUGAAUCGACUGUCGCUGAUCCCGGACAGUUUUGAAGGCAAGGAAAAGGUGUCAACCUGGUUGGCCACUCUGAACUCAAUGCAGGCCUCGGAUGAGCUAUCAGAAACGCAGGUGCGGCAAUUGUUGUUCGAUCUGGAAUCGUCGUAUGCGGCUUUUAACAAUCUGCUCCAUGCGACCUGAGCUUGAUGCUUAUGCCUAAUCGAUCCGACCUGGGAGGACACCAAAUCAAGUUACUGAUUGUGUUGGAAUUAUGUUCUAUAAUGGAAGCCGGAAGUGUUUUAACACACUUGUCUGAAAUAAGGAAUAAAAGCUAAGAGAUUGAUGCCUAUAUUAUAAUAUUUUAAACCGUAAAAUAUAUCGUUUAAAGCGUA